UUAAAGGCAGAACAAAAUCUAUCAAAAAGGACCAAAUGAUGAUCACAUAUUUUAAGACCGUUGUUGCCGUGUUAACAGUCGGUAUACUUGUGACACACGGACUUAUUUGUCAGUUUCCACAUUGUGAGACUGUGCAAUGUGAAUCGGUAGAUGCGGAUAACUGCACCGGAACUAUCCGGAUGGGAGGUGGAUAUUGCGGAUGUUGUAUGGUAUGUUUUACUCAAAUAGGUUACCUGGAGCCAUGUGUAUAUAAAGAUGCGUUAGAUGAACUACUCUACCCACCAACCGCCAUCUGUAACCCCGGACUUUACUGCGACCGUAAAUCAUCAACAUGUCAGUCUAUUCCAGGUGUCGGAUAAAUGUGACAUGAUAUGUAAUGCUUCCAGAUCACGAUUAAUAAAUACAAAGUCUUUU